AGACGGCAGGAAAGCGUCCGCCUUGCCUGACUGCUGAGCCGAUUUGAGAAACGCAGCCCGCUCAGGCGUUACAAACACCUCGGUCCCUGCGAAGAGGCUGACAAGAGAAUAAUCCUCGGAGUCUGCUGCCAUCAGCACGGUCCUUCCGGGGGUCCUCACUCGACAUAUGUUCCCUAGCCCACUUGGACAGCCUCAGCAGCGCAUCCUCAGGCACAACCUCCCCUCUGAGCUCCUCUCUCAGCACUUCGGGCAACCCAUCCGCCGCCCUGUCAAUCUUCUCCCUCAAGUGCACCGGUACCGUGAUCAAGGUCUCCAUGAUAUGUCAAAAUUCAAACCAUUGUUUUUUUCUACACAUGACUACACUCUACCAUGUCCGACCAUGAUGGCGGCGACGCCGAUCCCGCGAGGGUCAUUGACGAGCACACGGAUAUGACGACUCUGACGGAUCAAGAGAUCAUGCGUCUAACUGAAUCCAUGGGACAGGAGGACGUCACGUCGCGGCCCCUCAUCAGCGCACCCGUGCCGCUCAGCGUCAUUCGCGACGAGUACAAGAACGGCUCAUCCACCGUCCUCAAGAAGAUUGACUGGCUACAAGCCAACGGAUGGGAUCAGGUGUGGAGGGCCCGAGGAGAUGGCGACUGCUUCUACCGAUCCUUCACCAUUGCGUACUUUCUCCGCAUACUCCAUUCAUCCGAGCCUCAGCUCCAGGCCAACCUCGCCUUCGACGCUGUUCAACGCGCUCUCCCUGCCAUGCAGCAGGUCGGAUUUGACCCAGAUCUCUACGAGGAAUUCCUCGAACCCCUGCUCGUCCUCCUCCGCGGCUUUGAUGCCGACACGCCGACCGAAUGGACCCUCAUUCAACAGCUACAAGACGCCGAGCGCAGCAACUGUAUCGUCGUUGCCCUCCGCCUGGUCACCUCUGCCUACAUUCGCACGCACGAAGACGUCUUCUCCCCCUUUCUUCUCUCGCCAACGACUUUUCUCCCGCUGACCACGGACGAUUUCUGCCGCCAAGAGGUCGAACCGUGUGGGAAAGAAGCAGACCACGCUCAAAUCAUGGCGCUCUCCGAAGCCCUCCACAUGGGCGUCCGCAUCGCCUACCUCGACCGAAGCGAGGUCCAAGACAUCAAUUGGGUGUCAUUCGGGCCAGAGACUGAGGACCCCCUGACUCUGUUGUAUAGACCUGGACAUUACGAUGUUGUGACAAAGGAUCACCUCCUUGCAUGAUCAAGUGUACCUCUUAGCUGCCGAGCCAGAUCACUCCCGCGCAUGCGUCGGCGCCU